GACUAUCAGCUGUUGAUCCCUCUGCUGACAGUAAAAACAGACAUGCCAAUUGCUUGCUGCCAUUAACAAUGACCAUGACCCUUCAUACCAAAACCUCUGGUGUUGCCCUGCUGCACCAGAUUCAAGGCACUGAACUGGAGACUUUGAGCAGACCUCAGCUGAAGAUUCCUCUGGAUCGGUCGCUCAGUGAGAUGUACGUGGAGAGCAACAAGACAGGGGUUUUUAACUACCCAGAAGGCACCACGUAUGACUUUGCCACUGCCGCUCCAGUGUACAGCUCUACUAGCCUCAGUUAUGCCCCUGCUUCUGAAUCAUUUGGGUCCAGCAGUCUGGGAGGGUUUCAUUCGCUGAACAAUGUCCCUCCAAGCCCCGUGGUAUUCUUACAAACUGCGCCACAGCUCUCGCCCUUCAUCCAUCACCACAGCCAACAGGUACCUUACUACCUUGAAAACGAUCAGAGCAGCUUUGGGAUGAGAGAAGCUGGCCCCCCAACUUUCUACAGGCCAAGCUCAGAUAACAGGCGACAGGGGAGCAGGGAGAGGAUGUCCAGCACCAGUGAAAAGGGCAGCCUGUCCAUGGAAUCCACCAAGGAAACCCGCUACUGUGCUGUGUGCAAUGACUAUGCUUCAGGCUACCAUUAUGGAGUCUGGUCUUGUGAGGGCUGUAAGGCCUUCUUCAAAAGAAGCAUUCAAGGGCACAAUGACUACAUGUGUCCUGCUACUAACCAGUGCACCAUCGACAAGAACAGGAGAAAGAGCUGUCAGGCCUGCCGGCUGAGAAAGUGCUAUGAAGUUGGAAUGAUGAAAGGUG